AUGGCCGGGGCCCCAGGUGUUAAAUGGUCCUUUCUGGUGGUGCUCCUUCAGCUCGCCCUCAUUUGCUCUGCUCAAAGGAGUCAAGGACCCCCUGGCCCUCCUGGACCUGCAGGUGUCCCUGGAAUUGAUGGCAUUGCUGGGGAAAGAGGAGAAGAGGGCGAGGAUGGUCCUACUGGGCCUGAUGGUGAUCCGGGUAAACUGGGCUCUUCAGGAUCACCUGGAAUUCCUGGAAAUGACGGAUUGACUGGUCCCAUUGGAGAUCCUGGGCCUGAUGGUCCCCCUGGACAGAAAGGUGAACCUGGAAAAUCUGGACCUCGUGGAGCAGCUGGUGUUGGGCCAGAUGGACCUCCUGGACCCCCGGGGCCUGGAGGACUUCUGGGUGAAGUAGGAAAAGUUGGACCACCUGGUGCCAUGGGUGUGAGAGGACCACAGGGGCCUCGUGGGCCAACUGGGCCAAGAGGUUCAUCCGGAAUGCUGGGCAGUACUGAUUUGUGUCCAAACUCUUGUCCGCCAGGUACUUCUGGACAUCCUGGCCUUCCUGGAAUGAAGGGCCACAAGGGUGUAAAAGGUGAAGCAGGGGAACCUGGAAAACAAGGGCACAAGGGUGAAGAGGGAGACCAAGGAAGUCCAGGGGAUGUUGGGUCCCAAGGACCAACAGGACCUCAGGGAAUUCGUGGAGCCACAGGAAUGAUUGGUCCCAAGGGAGAGAUGGUCAGUGUUCCUAUGGUUUGGGAGCUCGAGGUCCUGAUGGAGACCCAGGUCCUCAGGGAGUCGCAGGAGCAACUGGUGUUCAAGGAUCAAGGGGAAUCACAGGCCUCCCAGGUCCCAAAGGAGAGUCUGGCCUACCGGGUGUGGAUGGCCGUGAGGGUAUUCCUGGAAUGCCUGGAACAAAGGGAAGUGUGGGGAAGCCAGGCGUUCCUGGAGAGGUUGGACUUCAAGGGCUUCCUCCAAGUGGUCCACAAGUCUGGGUUUUUUCAGGGUCUGACUGGUGCACCUGGACCAAAAGGCUCGGGUGGCUCUAAGGGAGAUGCUGGUCAGGCUGGAUUCCCUGGAACAUUAGGAUCUGCUGGCAAACCUGGUGAGCGGGGAGAACAGGGAGAGUUGGGAUCUGUUGGACCCAUUGGUGAGCCUGGAGAUAUAGGAGAGCAAGGCCCUCUGGGACCAGCUGGAAAGCCAGGUGCAAGGAUAAGCAUGUUUCCUAAAUAUAGGGACCAAAAGGUGACCCUGGUGUUCCUGGUCUCCCUGGUCCACCUGGCCUACCUGGAGAAAAAGGAGAGAGGGGAGAGCGUGGAGAAUCAGGACCCAAAGGAGAGCAAGGAGUACAAGGUGAUGAGGGAAACCCUGGAGAGAAAGGGGAAGUUGGUGAUGCAGGAGAAUCUGGACCCAAAGGAGAGAAUGGUAACCCUGGUGAGCCUGGCAGCAGAGGCCCAGAGGGAAGUCGAGGCCAGCCUGGCAUCGAGGGGCCUCCUGGGUCACCUGGACCACGAGGCAUGCAAGGGAAUAGGGGUCCACGUGGAGUCAGAGGGUCCCAGGGUCCUGCGGCAUGAGGGUAAAGAGCCAAGUGAUCAGCACAUCAAACAAGUUUGCAUGCGAGUCAUGCAAGAACAGCUGGCUCAGUUAGCUGCUAGUUUAAGGAGGCCGGAGUCUGGUGUUGCAGGUUUACCUGGUAAACCUGGACCCCCGGGGCCUGCUGGGCCCCCAGGUGACAAUGGUUUCCCUGGGCAGUCAGGAGCCAGAGGUCUUCCAGGACUCAAAGGGCCACAAGGACAGAUAGGAGUGAAAGGACCCAAAGGUGAAAUGGGAGACAGAGGGUCCAGAGGACCCACUGCGAGAGGACCUAAAGGUCAGCCUGGACCGCCUGGGCUUCCUGGAGAACCAGGCAAACCGGGCUAUGGUCAAGAUGGUCGGGACGGGCAGAGGGGACCCCCCGGCGUGCCCGGACAGCCGGGCGUUCCUGGGCCUCCUGGUGCAGCUGGUCCAAACGGUUACUGUGACCCAUCAGCCUGUAACCUCCAGGCAGGUGCUGCCCAGCAGUCUUUGGAUGUGAAGGGACCUCCAGGGAACUAA